UCCAUUCCAUGAUCCAAGUCUCCGUAGGCGACAGCCAAUGCGAUACUAGCUAAUUGAUAACUCUAAUAUUUAUAAAAGGAAGAAGUAGACCGAAAACUAAAUAAAGGUCGUAUGCAAGGACGCACGAGCCUAAAAGUGGGAGGGGAACAUACAACAUAUUGAUAGGAGGGAGGAGUGACAGCAGCAGAGCGGCGACGAGGAACAGGUUAGGGAGAAGCCGAGAGAAAAAAUCCUCUUUGGCCUCUUUAUUGGACAAUUCCCCCCCCACACCUUGGAUUUAUUGGUUUUCACUGUUAUUUGUCUAAUUGGGACUGAUAAGUAACCCGCUGCAAGAGAGUUUCCCAUAGAGACUGUGGGACAGGACAGGGAAGUACAACCUCCUUUACUCCGAGCCAAGGGAAGAUUCAUCCAACUCUUCGCCAUGUCUGCUCCUGGUUACCCAGGCCCUUACAACAACCCACCCUACCCCAUGGCUCAGUACGGCGACAAAUCGAUAGCCCCUUAUCCCGCUCCUCAUGGGGGGUACGGAGACCCCCAUCAAGCCCCUCCACCAGGCUUCAACCCGGGCUACAACCAAGGCCCGCCUCCUGUCAUGUAUCAGCCUGGCCCUGUCCCGGAGUACGGUGCCCACCCCGGAGCCAUCGCCCCCGCCAUGGCAGCUGCGGCCCCUAUCGGCGUGCCCCCGGGGCUGGAAUACCUCACACAGAUUGACCAGAUCCUGAUCCAUCAAAAAGUGGAAUUACUAGAAGCAUUCAUCGGGUUUGAGACCAACAACCAGUACGAGAUAAAGAACAGUUUGGGCCAGAAGAUCUACAACGCCAAAGAGAAGAACGACUGCUGCACCAGGAACUGCUGCGGCUCGCUGCGCAGCUUCGACAUGAAGAUAAAGGACACCAUGGACCGGGAGGUGAUCCGCAUCAUACGGCCUUUCCGCUGCGUCUCCUGCUGGUUUCCCUGCUGCCUGCAAGAGAUGGAGGUCCAGGCACCGCCGGGCACCACCAUCGGCUACAUCAAACAGGACUGGCACCCCUGCCUGCCCAAGUUCUCCAUCCAGGGACCUAACAAGGAGACCCUGCUGAAGCUGGACGGGCCCUGCUUCGCCUGCAACUGCUGUGGGGACGUCAACUUUGAGCUGAAGAGUAAAGAUAGUGACAAGCCGGUUGGUCGCAUCAGUAAGCAGUGGAGCGGCCUUCUGAAGGAAGUCUUCACAGACACGGACAACUUUGGCAUCCAGUUCCCGCUGGACAUGGACGUGAAGUUGAAAGCUGUUCUCAUGGGCGCCUGCUUCCUCAUUGAUUUCAUGUUCUUCGAGAAGGUCGGGGAGGCCAACCAGCGCAGCUCUGUGUUCUCAUAAAAGGGGAAACAACAGCAUGGGAGCAAUUGACAGUUAUGCAUUCACAGUUAAUCUACUUGUAUGUAGAUGUAUUUAUUUUUCAAAUCAUUCCGUCUAUCAGAUUCCAGCCAAAACGGUGCCCACACACACACACACACACACACACACACACACACACACACACACACACACACACACACACACACACACACACACACACACACACACACACAGACCAAAACCAGCUAAAGAACUCUGACUCCAGAUGCCUGCCAGGGAUUGUUUUUUAAAUAUUUCCAAACUCAAUGAUACUGCGCCAUGUUGCUCAUGUUCUUUACACUCCAUACAGUGUGUAGUUUGACCAUUUUGAAUGAAUGAACGUACCUCCAGCUGAGAUAUUAUCUCUGCCAAAAACAGUCAACCUUACCCCUCAAGUGCCUACAAAAAUACAAAAAUAGUGGAUGUCAACAUGUGUUUAGAUGUGCUUUAUGCUACACUGGCAUUAACAUUUCAUAUGGAUGCCUUAUGCUUAUCAUCCCACUUUACUAUUUUUUAUGGAAACGAGCAAUAGAUUUAUGGAAGUGCAAUACCGUUCUGGCUGUAUACGCUGUAUUAAUUGCCUUUUAUAUUUAGCUAUGCUAUCUGCUAUUUUGUGUUUAAUGCUAAUGAGCUAAUUAUAGCAUGCAAAUGAGCUAACUAAAAAGGUGAACAUGGUAAACAUUAUACUUGCUUUAUCUGUUAGCAUUGUGAGCAUGUUAGCAUGGUAGCUUUAGCUCAAAGCACUGAUGUGCCUUAGUCAUUUUAUAAGUUAACAAAAGCUUUAUAUAAAACGUAAUCAUUAGCAAGAAUAUAUGCUCAUUAUUUAGUGUGUAUAGGGAAGUGGUGGUUAUGUUAGCAGAAGGAUGGGAGCAUGUUUUUAUUAUUGACAGUAUUUACCAAAGUGCUCUUUCUUUCUCUCAAAGUGAACAUAAUACAAUUGUAGCAUAGCCUACAGUGUCAAUGCUCUAAUGCUCCCUCUGUGGUUAGCUGGUUGCCUUGGAGACGGAAACCACAGCCAGACCUUGCCCUCCUAUUCUCCAGAUGUCACUGCCUUGAACAUUCACGUGAACUGAAAUGGGAGAGUGUAGGUUAAGCAGGGAUAUCUUGAGAAAGGAAAAGAAAGUAAAUAAAAGGCAGAAACUGAGGUUAGUGAAUAUUAUUUUGACUACUCAGUGGUUGGAAAACCCUGGUCAUUGGCAGGUUUAAGGAAACACGUCGGGUUUCCGUAGUGUUGCAGGUUAAUGUUUGGAAAUGGCUGCUGAAUGCAAAGCUUAGUAUGUAAUUGUUCUUGUGAGAUAACAUGGGUGUGCCUCCAGUGAGGCUUGUUGCCACUAGUGCUCUCAUGUAUGUACUGUGUUUUAUAUGCGUGUGUGAUACCCUCAGCCUUUGAGCUUGCUGACCUUUGAUAAGGAAAGGGAAAGGAGCCAAAGGAUGUACAGUACCUUCACUGUAAUUACUUUUUUGUGUGAUGUUUAAAUUGCUUCUUCUUUGGCAUUAGUUUCCUAUUUCUAUCAUAAUUCUAUACAAUUUAUUUUGUCAAUAUAAUUUUUCUACAGAUCAAAAGUACCCUGUCCUUUAAAAAUAAAUCAUAAACCAUUGAA